AUGGUGAACGAAUUAGAGAAUGUGCCACGGGCGUCGACCUUGACGAAUGAAGAGCAAACGGUUGAUCCUAGCAAUAACGACUCACAGGAAGAUAUUAGUCUGGGUGAUUCUAACGAAAUUACUUCGUUGGCAUCAUUAAAGGCUAUCCGAUCAGGAAAUGAAGAGGAAAGCGGGAACGAGCAGGUGAAUCAUAAUGAUGAGGCCGAAGAAGAUCCUCUGUUAACUCGCUACCAUACCGCUUGCCAAAGAGGUGAUCUAGCGACUGUCAAAGAAAUGAUACAUGGAAAGUUGCUCGAAGUUAAUAACGACGGUGACUCUACGGAACAUAUCACUGGUUUGCAUUGGGCAAGUAUUAAUAACAGACUUUCUGUAGUGGAUUUUCUAGUUUCACAAGGCGCUGAUGUCAAUGCAAGGGCUGGUGCUUUGCAUGCCACACCAUUACAUUGGGCUGCAAGGUAUGGGUACGUGUACAUUGUCGAUUUUUUGCUUAAGCAUGGAGCUGAUCCCACCAUGACCGAUGACCAAGGUUUCAAUCUACUACACUUAUCUGUGAACAGCUCAAAUAUAAUGCUAGUUCUAUACGUUUUAUUCAACGUUGUCAGCAAAGGUCUUUUAGAUAUAGAUUGCCGAGACCCAAAGGGCAGAACUUCACUACUAUGGGCUGCUUACCAGGGAGAUUCCCUAACUGUAGCAGAAUUGUUGAAAUUUGGUGCCAGCAUAAAGAUCGCAGAUACAGAAGGAUUCACCCCACUGCACUGGGGCACUGUAAAAGGGCAACCACAUGUACUAAAAUACUUGAUUCAAGAUGGUGCAGAUUUUUUCCAAAAAACGGAUACCGGAAAAGAUUGCUUUGCUAUUGCUCAAGAAAUGAACACUGUGUACUCACUUAGAGAGGCUCUAACACAUUCUGGAUUCGACUACCAUGGUUAUCCCAUUAAAAAAUGGUUCAAAAAAAGUCAACAUGCUAAGCUCGUUACAUUCAUAACGCCAUUUCUAUUUCUAGGAAUCGCAUUUGCUCUUUUCUCUCAUAUUAACCCUUUGUUUGUAAUCAUUGUCCUUUUUUUAUUGGCCAUUGCCACUAACAAAGGCUUGAACAAAUUCGUUCUGCCGUCAUAUGGACGAAUGGGUGUCCACAACGUUACCUUGUUAAGGUCACCUUUGUUAUCCGGUGUUUUUUUUGGCACUUUACUUUGGGUGACUAUCGUUUGGUUUUUCAAAGUUAUGCCUCGAACAUUUUCUGAUGAACAAUAUACUAACAUCCUAAUGCUGGUAAUACUUGUUUCUGUAUUUUACCUUUUUGGGCAGCUUGUUAUUAUGGACCCAGGAUGUUUGCCAGAAGAAACUGAUCAUGAGAACGUGCGACAAACAAUCUCGAACUUGCUCGAAAUCGGUAAAUUUGAUACGAAGAACUUUUGUAUCGAAACUUGGAUUAGAAAACCUCUAAGAAGCAAAUUUUCGCCCUUAAACAAUGCUGUGGUUGCAAGAUUUGAUCAUUACUGCCCUUGGAUCUUUAAUGAUGUCGGACUCAAAAAUCACAAAGCAUUUAUAUUUUUUAUUACAUUAAUGGAAAGUGGUAUUUUCACAUUUCUUGCACUUUGCCUGGAAUAUUUUGAUGAACUUGAAGAUGCACACGAAGAUACAUCCCAGAAAAAUGGCAAAUGUUUCAUCCUAGGCGCUUCAGAUCUCUGUUCGGGAUUAAUAUAUGAUAGAUUUGUCUUUCUGAUAUUAUUAUGGGCUUUACUCCAAUCUAUUUGGGUUGCAAGUUUGAUCUUCGUCCAAGCCUUUCAAAUAUGUAAAGGAAUGACCAAUACAGAAUUCAAUGUUUUGAUGAAAGAGAGUAAGUCCAUUGGCCCCGAUGGGUUAUCUUUCAAUGAAAACUUCAAUACUACUCCAGAAGGAUUUGCGCCGUCGAUUGAUCCGGGUGAGGAGAGUAAUGAUACUGUACUAGCACCAGUCCCAGGCUCAACGAUAAGGAAACCACGCACUUGUUUUGGCGUUUGUUACGCGGUGACUGGUAUGGAUCAGUGGUUAGCGGUUAUAAAAGAAACCAUUGGCAUCAAGGAUAGCACCGGACAUAAUGUGUAUUCGAUUACAUCAAGAAUACCAACAAAUUACGGUUGGAAAAGAAAUGUUAAAGACUUUUGGCUUACAAGCGAUAUAAAUGCGCCUUUGUGGAGGCGAAUUUUGUAUCCUCCUUCGGGCUCUAAAGCUUUGCUCAACGGGAUAGAAGUUGACUAUUUUAAGCUUUACAAAUUGCCAAAUAAGGAUGUUGAACAAGGAAAUGAUAUGGUAUGA